CUGCUCAUUCAGGAGCGCAGAUUUGUGUGUAAGUGAGAGCAAGAGCUAGGUGGGGAGAGAGCUAGUACUCAGAGAGACAGAGAGAUGGGAAGCCAAGGUCCAAUUGGGUUGUUGUGUAAUAUCUUCUAUAAGGCGAAACCUUUCGUGGCUAUGGUCUCCCUGCAAUUUGGUUUUGCUGGGAUGUAUAUCAUAACCAUGCUUUGCUUGAAGCGUGGCUUGAAUCACUACGUACUUGUUGUCUACCGCAAUGGAACUGCUACUCUUGCCAUCGCUCCCUUUGCCUUGUAUUUUGAAAGGAAAAUCAGACCAAAGAUGACACUCUCUGUCUUCCUGAAGAUAAUGGUGCUAGGCUUCCUCGAGCCAGUGCUUGAUCAAAAUCUGUACUACGUGGGGAUGAGGUAUACAUCAGCAACGUUUUCAUCCGCCAUGUUCAAUGUUCUCCCUGCCAUUACCUUUAUAAUGGCAAUCAUCUUUAGGUUAGAGAAAGUAAAGAUAAAGAACCUACACAGUCAAGCUAAGAUUAUUGGAACUGUAGUGACCCUUGCGGGAGCCAUGGCCAUGACGUUGUACAAAGGCCCCAUCCUAAACCUGGGACUGUCACGGGGUGGAAGCCAUCAUGAAGACAGCAGCAGCUCCAGUGGCCAACAUUGGGUCGUAGGGACAUUGAUGCUCUUGGGCAGUUGCACUGGUUGGGCCAGUUUCUUCAUAUUGCAAUCGUUCACUCUAAAGCAAUACCCAGCAGAGCUCUCUCUCACCUCUUUGAUAUGCUUCAUGGGAACGAUGCAAGGUGCAGCUGUGGCACUUGUCAUGGAACGUAACCCUGCUGCUUGGGCUGUGGGUUGGGACUCUAGGCUCCUUGCUGCUGUCUAUACGGGAGUCAUAUGCUCAGGUGUGGCAUACUACGUGCAAGGAGUGGUGAUAAAGGAACGAGGUCCCGUCUUUGUGACUGCCUUCAACCCUCUAUGCAUGAUCAUUGUUGCUGCUUUGGGGUCCUUGAUAUUAGGCGAGCAGCUCCACCUUGGAAGCGUCAUUGGGGCUCUUGUCAUAGUGAUCGGCCUCUACUCUGUUGUCUGGGGUAAAAGCAAGGAUCAUCUUGUCUCGUCGGAAUUAACUAACGAGAAGGGUCAAGCCCUCGAGCUACCUGUUGCCUCGACGGAUGGUGCUAAAUCAAUCAAUGGUGAACACAAUGGAGGUUUUGCUGUGAUGGGGAUGUCAACAAAGAUCCCAGUAGCUCAGAACUAGCUUAGUUUCUGCCUCAGCGGUUUGAAAGUCGGAGCUGUUUUAGAGGUUUUGGUCUUUUAUAUUGUAUGGAGAUGGACUUAGUCCGUCGAUGGAAACGUGCUAAUUAUUAGGCCUCACUUUCACAGUUUCAUGAUCCAAUGUACCUUGAGUUCCGUUGAAGCAUGAAUAAUAGAGUUUCCAUUUUAUCUCUGAAGUUUGCUUA